AUGAGCGUAGCUGACACACAGGAAACGAGUAAGUGUUAGGCCUUGUUUAUAAUUUACAUACCUAGCUGGACAUUUUUAAAAGCGUUAGGUUUCAUUUGGUUUCGUCCCAGACUCUCCAUGCGAAGAUAGUAUGCAAUCGUCUCCGUGUAUAUUCAAUGUUUUGAGGAAUGGUGAGUCUGCAGACUUUGAUUGGGGUUUUCCCUGGCCUGAUGCUUUGUUUACAAAGUCAAGGUCAGACUUAUUCCACUUUUUUGAGUUCAAGGUCAAUUUAUUUCGCUCUGAGUGUACAGUAUUUUGGACGUAUCUUGUUUUGAAGCUGCUCUCUCCUGCUGCCGAAAAUUCUUUAGAGGACCACUCAGGAUUAAUUUGUUUGCUUGGUGUUUUCGUAUCUUUGAUAAACAUUUAAAAUUCAUUCUUAGUGUUGUGUUUAAUAUAGAUUAAAUGUUGUUUUUGUUUUAGUAUGAAGUCAACGACAGAGCGAUUCAACAAGAUACAAGAGUACAACACGAUUACAGAGUAUGUCUACAGAUAUUCUGACUUUUUUAUUGUACAAUAAAAUACAUCCACCAUCACACGGCCAAGUGCUUUGCCGUUGACAGGUUAGACAAACAUGGUUAUAUUUACCUUCAUAGUAAUUUUAACAAACUAAAGAUUUACCUUGCAUAAUUUUCUUCAGACAGAGUAGAGGCGCAGUCAAGAACCGCCAGCAAUAAAGAGAGCGAGAGAAUUAAUGAGAAACGGCCAGCUCGAAGAGGUACAGCGGGUAUAUUUAUUAUUUACAGUAAUCUUACAUAAUGUACUUUGUAGAAACUUUAUAUAAAUUACUUUAUUUUUGUAGCUUUAUUUACAUCUAAUGCUAAAACAAGUGAAGGUUCGGGGAUGAAUAGAGCAAGAGGUUAGUCCACUCCAUGUACUGUAUAUUGUAAAGAACUGACAGAAAUUAUUGUAAUUGAAUUAGCUUUUAUAAUUUAAUACCAUUGCCUGUUUGAACUAUAUAUACUUAUAACGUACACAAAUGUGUUCUUUACUGAAACCAGAUGGUUUUAGGUAAACUGAUCUUUUACCUACAGGACAUUCCCAGCCAAGGCAGACUGCAUGUAUGGUCCAAACAACAACUAGCAGCAGUUCUGAGUUUAUUUAUUGUAUAAAUAUUGUCUUUUGUAAUAACUACCUUUAAUAAAACAGAUCAAAGAAGCUAGGCAAUGAGUGCAAGAUGCAGCAGCCUUGGACAACAACAUAGUCAGCAAAGACGACCAAGUGCAUUGACAGGUUCGACAGACUUCAAUAUGAUUCGUCAAAAACUGAAAAGGCAUAUUUUAAUCUAGCCAGUAUUCAUUACAUGUUGUUAAUUUUCACAGGGGAACGAGUGGCGCGACAAACAAGCGACGACGGACGAUCAACGCAAGGUUAGUUAUUGAACAUAUGUACACGUUUUGAUUUUACAUCCUACCUGCAAUUAACGAAAAUAAAAACAAACUCUUUCUCUUGUACUACAUUAGAAUAAGCAAAUUCAGGGAUGCACAGAGAAAGAGGUAAAUGACCUGAGUAAAUUCCCCACCCCCAUCAUUAUCAAUUUAGUUUAAAUAUAUUCAUGUCUACCUUAUUACAUGCAGUUCAUCUAUAAAUUAGGUAUUUAUUUCAGCUAUAGGUCACUCCCACACUGCAGCAACUACAGCAGUUACAAUGGAGCAAAGAACAAAUGAAGGUUUUUAUUUCAUGGCAUUAAAAAUACAUCCAGAUAUAUCAUCAAAAUUAUCUAAGUAGUUCUAAAGAACUGAUUGAAUUAAUGUCAAAUACUAUUAUUAACUUUGAUAAUGGUUCAUAAUGUCACAUAUUAAGAAGUGUCCCUGAAUGAAUAUCUAAAGAAAUGAAGUCCCUGAAGGCCGAAGUCCAUGGUUUAAAGCACAGCAUUUCUCAACUGACUGAGCAACAGGGAGAGCUUUUUCAUCUGGUUAAGUCUUUGAAGAAGACCAGUGAAGCCAGUCACUUUGACAUGGGGAAAUGCUGUCACACUGUAUGUAUAAAAAGUAAAGCACAUGUAUUUAAACAAAUUAGUGAAGUCCUUGCGACUAGGUAGCAAUAUUAUUAUACAAUCUGUUUUUGACAGGAGAAUGUCAACAGAUUACUGGCACAGUUUUAGUGUACGAAUGGUCGCUAUCCAAUAGCCACUGAUGAUAAAAAGGUACAAAGAAUAACUUUUUGUUUCACAAUUAGAAAUACUUAAUACUCAAGAACAAUUAUUAAAUUAAUAUACAUUACUAAUAGCAAUCAUAGAUCAUUUGUCCUCUGAAAAAUGAAUACCACUUUCCCUUUAUUUAGCCUCCAAAUGUGGAUUUUAAGUCCCACACCCCUACAUAUGAUAAACACCCACCCUCUACUUAAUCCCUUGUAGGUGCUGACUAUAUCUAAAUUAACAAUGAAUAAUAAAUGAAAUACUGUAAUAUAUUGAUAUUAUUUAAUCUGAGUUUAUUAUCUAUCCAGUUAGUAUUUACAUCCCCCUCCCUCCUCUAAUAAGUUCACAAAGGUAUGAAUAUGGGAACUAUGGUAUUCAAUUGCAUCUAAAAAUGUAAUUAAAUUAAUCUUAGAAAUUGCUCGAGGAAGAAUUCCUGGACUCAGCUUCAGGCUUGACCGUAGAAGAGCUCAUGCUGCAUGUCACCAAAUAUGAAGUGAGCAAAUAUUCAUAUUGGAGGAGUGAGGAAUGCAGAAGAGUAAGCUUUCAGUUGUUAUACCUUUAAGCAUCAGGACCCAUUACACCAUUAGGCCCCACGAGUCUGUUCACUUUCUUGCUAGGUUCUUGGAAUUAAUGGCUACAAGCACUUGGUCAAGGCAUCCUCCAAUAUUCUGGCCAAGAAAGUCCUUCAGUUGUUGGGCCAAAAACACAAGGCUGUGGCAACGUCUAUAGUAAAAAAAGACAUCCUGAUAGUAAGUGUACUACAUUACCAUAUAAUACUGUAACAAUCAGUUAAUCCUGACAGAACUUAUAUCCUCUUCCCUCCCACAAACAUGUACUGUAUAAAGCCUAUCUACACGGCACAAUUUGUCGUAUACAAUUCUGACCCCGGUGUAUGUGAUCGAAUAAAUGUGGCAUCAGCACUAGUUUUCAUAUGUCAGAAUAACAAUUGUAUACCACGAAUCAGAUCAUGUGGAUAGGCCUAUGCAAUGUAUGUAAAAUUCUAACCAACCACUACACCAGGUUUUAGAUUUAAUACCACCCAUUAUAGACUUAUAUAUACUAUUCACUAAAUAUAAUGAAUGUUUAUGAGAGGUAUCGGAGGAAGAAGCCAAGCAGCUAAAGGACUUCUGGGGGGCUUUCUACAGCUGGAAGAAUGAUACCCUGCCACAUAAUCGUAGUUUUGAAGAUUGGGAAAAGAUGCGAAAAGAAGACAUGCAUUUAUAUCCGGAAGACUAA